AUGAAGCAGCUGCGCAAGCUGCAAAACGACGCAGUCGUGGAGGCCCCUGAGGACGUCAGCGAUGACGAGCCUCAGACGAAGGCUCCCUGUGGCUUCUCAGCGCUGGCAGACUCGUCGGGGUCCGAGCUCGCAGAGACGGCGGAGCCGGCGCCAGCGGCGGAGCCCUUGAGGGCCAAGGGGAAGAAGAAGAAGACGAAGAAGGGCAAGAAGCAGGACGCCAAGUGCGCAGGAUAUCCAGACAGUCCUGACUUGGAUGAAGACGACCAGCUCCUCGAUGCGGCAGUGGCAGAGGUUGCCACUUCGUCCGCGCCGGGGGAGCAAGAUCUUUGCGGGUCCUCUGUCUUCUCCAUGUCCAAGGCUUUCUUCAGUGCAGACCGGGAGCAAAAGAGCCUCUUCGGGAAGAUGAAGAUGCCAAAAGGCAAAGCCCCAAAGGCCGAAAUCCGGAAAUCGGCGGUGAAGCACCGGGGAGUCCACGAGGGGCAUUUUGCACACUACCGGCGCCUGUUUCUCGUCGAGCCUUCCUCGGAGGAGAACUGGGGACGACCGGAGGGGUGUGCGGAAAUGGUACCGGAAGCUGGGGAAGUGCUCUUCGCAGUGAGAGAUACUCGGGAGUAUGAGAUGGCACGGACCGAAUUUGCGGGAGCUGCGAUGUUGCAUGAUCCGAACGAGGUGAAUGCCUUCCUUAUGGAUCACCCUUUCUGCGUCGAGGCGCUCUUUGUCCUGUCUGACAUCUGUCGACAGUCCGGGCAACAUCAAGAUGCCUUUCAGCUGCUUCGCCGGGCUGCCUAUGCCAUGGAGUGCAGCUUUCACGGAUCGUUCUCGCCAUUCGCAGAGACGAGGCUAGACUUCAAGCGCGGCGACGCUGCGAGCUCCAUGCUCUGGCCCAGGGUUCGCCUGCAGCUCCAAGAGGAGGAAAGUUGGCCCGGCUGGCCCUGGCUGACGGUUCUCUGGGCCUACAUGCUUGGCUUGGCGACUCAAGGGCUGCCCCGCACCGCCCUUGAAGUCUGCAAGCUGGUACUGGCCAUGACCCUCCCUCGCGAUCCCUUGCAUGCGCUGGUGCACCUGGACUUUUUCUGCUUGCGCGCCCAAGAGUAUUCCCUGCUAGUUAACAUUGCGGAAGGUUUCGACCUGCCAUGCUCACUUCCAGACAAGACCAUCCUCCGUUUGGACUGUGCAAUGCCCAACUUCGCCUACUCGACUGCCUUGGCCCUGCACUUCCUUAAGUCAGGGGGACGGCAGGCCACGAAGAAUACUGAUGAAGGAAGCGCCAUCAGCACGGUCUCUGUGGAGGACAUUACGCAAUCUUGCUGGGCGCGCCAGGAGUUUCAAGAAGACGGUCCUUCGAGAUCGCACGUAGCCUUGAUGCGUGCUAUGCUGCUGUUUCCCCGAACGCUGCGCCCAAUCCUUCAGGAACUGAGCGUUUCCCUGGUCACAGCUCCAGCGGGCUCACCUUACAGCACCUCCUGGCAGCAGCUGCUGGACAAGAGCCCACUCGCUCCUCACACGCACAAGGUCCACCAGCAGCAUUCCAGACUACACAGCUUGGUCUCGGAAGCCUUCGUCCACCGCUGCGCGGCGCUCUUCCGAGGUGAGGGAACCCUUCGGUGGCUGCACGCCUGCGCCGGGCGCCUGACGCAAAUGUGCGAGUCCUCCCUCUUCGAGGAGGAGCUGAUGCGAGCUCGGAAGUCUUGGAGUGAAGCAGAGCUGGGAAUCGGGGAGGCUUUCAGCAAGGACUACCAAGAGUUCAACACUUUGGAGGUGGAGGCCGAACGAAAGCCGCCUGCGGUUCUGGAACGUGCCUUCAACAGCUGGGUGGGGGGCUCCCAGGCCCCCCCAGGCCAAGGCCAAGGCCCAAACGCCCUAAUCCCUAAACCCCAAGAGCCCUCACCCUAA